AAAUUCAAGACUUGCCAGCAUGUACACAAAGUGCACAAUUCAGAUUUAUUUGAGUGCUAACACCUGCACUUAUUUUCAUCCUGCUGGAUUAAAGAUCAAAGUUGUGGGUGGUAUCCAGCAAAGUACUCUCUCUUCUAGCAAAAGGACCUUUGGCUGUGCAGUGGAACUUCCCGCCAUCUCCUCUCCCUGUGCCCCACUGCACACCACACUAAAUCCGCUCUGGAGGUUCCCCCAGGCCUCCAGAUCAGAUUUUGGGAGAGUGCAAGGGCAUGCAGGGAGAGGGGCAGGGAGUUCAGUUGUACAAGCAGAAAUUCUUGCACUGGUGGAAGUAAUUAACUGGAUACUCCAUUGUGUAUAAAUAAAUAAAAAUGUGCAUGUUUCAGUCAGUGCACAGUUAUCUGCCUUUUUUUCAGCAAAUGCAUUAUAGGAGAUAAAGUACUGGUUUCUUACCUUGACACUCCAGCAGCUAUUCAAGUGGCAACAGUGGUGCUGAUUCCCAGGAGUAACUGUGUUUUCCUUGCACUAGAUUGCAGAAAUGCAGAACCAUCGGGGCAAAUUCAACGAAGAGCUUAAAUGCAACCAGCAUGAGAUCACAGAGCUGAACAGAGUGAUCCAGAGGCUGCAUACCGAUACUGACAAUGCAAAGAAGCAGGUUGCAAGCCUGCAGUCAGCUAUCUGUGAUGCUGAGCAGCGAGGUGACAUUGCCCUAAAAGAUGCACGGAGCAAGCAUGUUGAACUGCAGACAGCCUACCAGCAGGCCAAAGAUAAAUUAGCUUGCCUGCUUCGUGAUUAUCAAGAGCUACUAAACACCAAGCUGGCUUUGGAUAUUGAGAUUGCUACUUAUAAAGCAAUGUUGGAAGGAGAGGAGAACAGGUGGGGUGUCGUUUCGAAUAUAUACAUAUAA